AUGUACUAUGACUAUGACUAUGACUCCGACUACGACUAUGACUACGAGUGUGAGGUGUGCGACCGCUCCUUCAGCUCCCAGCGUGCUCUGAACGACCACCGCAUGUAUGCAGCCGUGCACCGGGGCCGCUGGUGCAAGAGAUGCGAGCUGCAAUUCGACAGCCGUGCGGAGCUGGAUUCUCACAAAGCAGUCUCGUUCAAUCAUUCUGUCUGCGCUGUGUGCCAGGUGGAUUGUGAGAGUGGGUACGAGCUUGACGAGCAUAUGAAUGAGGAGCAUUUCCAGUGUAAGGGGUGCUUGAAGUGGGCCCCCUCGGCUUCUGAUCUGAGCACGCAUAUGGAAAAGGCACACUAUUACUGUGCGCAGUGUGAGCGAUUCUUCGAGAACGAGAAUAAUCUGCGUCAGCACCGCAAAGUACACGCCCCGCUCAUCAUGGAAUGUUAUGGCUGUGAACGACGCUUCGCAACCACCUCCGCUAUGCUGAUCCAUCUGGAAUCGGGAAAAUGCGAUAGUGGCGUCAACUGUGACAGGCUGGACAGCAUCGCCUACCGUUGUUACCAGUCCAGAUACUACACCAACGGAUGGAACGAGUACUAUCAGUACAAGUGCCCUGACUGCCAAACCAAGUUUCGCUACAUCAGUGCCCUCUUCCAACAUGCUGAGAGUGACGCCUGCAACCAAAGAUGCAACGGGACCAGCCUUGAGAAAUUGCGUCAUUACAUCUCGAUCUCUGUCUGA